AGCGGCAGUGGCAGCUACUUGAACACCGUGAGGACGGCACGAUGGGAGACGAGAUGGACGCCAUGAUCCCUGAGCGGGAAAUGAAGGAUUUUCAGUUUAGAGCCCUGAAGAAAGUGAGGAUCUUUGACUCUCCUGAAGAGCUGCCCAAGGAGCGCUCGAGCGUGCUCGCCAUAUCCAAUAAGUACGGCAUGGUCUUUGCUGGUGGCACCAAUGGCUUGUAUGUUUUCCCUACUAAAAGCCUUCUUAUCCAAAAUAAACCUGGAGAUGAUCCCAAUAAAAUUGUUGAGACAGUUCAAGGCUUGAAUGUACCUAUGAAAUUCCCAGUACAUCACCUGGCACUGAGCUGUGAUAACCUCACACUCUCUGCAUGCAUGAUGUCCAGUGACUAUGGCUCCAUCAUAGCUUUUUUUGACGUUCGCACAUUUUCAAAUCAGGCUAAACCACUGAAGCGCCCAUUUGCCUAUCACAAGCUUUCAAAGGAUGCAAGCGGGAUGGUGACUGAUAUGAAGUGGAACCCCACUGUCCCUUCCAUGGUGGCAGUUUGUCUGGCCGAUGGCAGUAUUUCUGUCCUGCAAGUUACAGAUGUGGUGAAAGUGUGUGCCACUCUUCCUCCCUCAACGGCAGUUACAUGUGUGUGCUGGAGUCCCAAAGGAAAGCAGCUGGCAGUAGGAAAGCAGAAUGGAACUGUGGUCCAGUAUCUUCCUACUUUGCAGGAAAAAAAGGUCAUUCCAUGCCCUCCAUUUUACGAGUCAGACCACCCUGUCAGAGUUCUAGAUGUGCUGUGGAUUGGUACGUACGUCUUCACGAUAGUUUAUGCUGGUGCAGAUGGGACCUUGGAAGCCUGUCCAGAUGUGGUGAUGGCUCUACUCCCGAAAAAAGAAGAAAAGCACCCGGAAAUAUUUGUGAACUUCAUGGAGCCCUGCUAUAGCAGCUGCGCAGAGCGACAGCAUCAUUACUACCUCAGUUUCAUUGAGGAGUGGGACUUAGUGCUGGCCGCAUCUGCAGCUUCAACAGAAGUCAGUAUCCUUGCUCGACAAAGUGACCAGACUAACUGGGAAUCUUGGCUACUGGAGGAUUCGAGUCGAGCCGAGCUGCCUGUGACAGACAAAAGUGAUGACUCCUUGCCCAUGGGUGUUGCCAUAGAUUAUACCAACGAAGUAGAAGUCGCCAUCAACGAAGAAAAGACUCUUCCUCCCGCUCCGGUUCUCCUGUUACUUUCAACAGAUGGUGUGCUUUGUCCAUUUUAUAUGAUCAAUCAAAAUCCUGGGGUUCGGUCCCUAAUGAAGACCUUGGAGCUGAUCUCAACAGAAGGAGAGCGACAGCCCAAGUCCUCAGGAAGUUUUCCUACCACUCCAACCGCCCCUCAAGCCCCGCAGAACCUUGAUGCCCCAGCAACGGCCUCUUUGUCCCUUGCACCUGUGCCCUCUGCUGCUGCUGCCACCACCUUCCCCUUGUCCUCUGCUGGGGGGCCCCCUUCUGUGUUCUCCUUUGGCCCUUCAUCCUUAAAGUCAUCUGUUUCUGUCACUGGGGAGCCCCCUCCAUAUCCCUCUGGUUCUGACAGUUCCAGAGCAGCACUGGGCUCUGGCACCUCCUCCUUUGCUUUUGCUCCUCCUUCCAAAGGCUCCCUGGCCCUGACCCCUGCAGCAUCCUCCGUGGCCACACCUGCGUCUCCCUUCGCUUUCGGGUCAUCAGGUUUUAAGCCCACCUCGGAAAGCACACCCAUGCCCAGUGCCCCAAACACAGGCAUGAAGCCUUCGUUCCCACCCUCAGCCUCUUCGGUGAAAGUCAACCUGAAUGAGAAGUUCACCGCUGUGGCCUCCUCUGCACCUGUUCUUAGCUCCACGAGCACACCCUCCGUGUUGCCGUUCUCUUCCUCCCCCAAGCCAGCUGCUUCUGGACCACUCAGCCACCCCACGCCUCUCCCAGCAGCAUCCAGCUCCAUGCCUUUCAAGUCUUCAGUCUCUCCCUCGACAUCAGCAGGCCGAUCGACUCAGAGUGGUGCAAGUUCAGUGCCCAGCAUGGUGCAGAAAUCACCCAGGAUAAACCCUCCAGUGGCAAAGUCAGGCUCUUCUCAGGCCAAGUCACUUCAGCCUUCUGUCCUGGAGAAACAGGGACAUCAGUGGAAAGAUUCAGACCCUGUGAUGGCUGGGAUCGGAGAGGAGAUCGCACACUUUCAGAAGGAGCUAGAAGAGUUAAAGGCCCGGACCGCCAAAGCUUGUUUCCAGGUCGGCACCUCAGAGGAGAUGAAGAUGCUGCGGACUGAGUCAGACGACUUGCACACCUUCCUUUUCGAGAUUAGAGAGGCCACAGAGUCUCUUCACGGAGACAUAAGUGCCCUGAAAACAACUUUGCUGGAAGGCUUUGCUGGAGUGGAAGAAGCCAGAGAACAGCAUGGAAGAAACCACGACUCGGGGUACCUCCACCUGCUUUAUAAGAGACCGCUGGAUCCCAAGAGUGAGGCCCAGCUCCAGGAAAUCCGCCGCCUUCAUCAGUAUGUGAAAUUUGCGGUCCAGGAUGUGAAUGACGUUCUAGACCUAGAGUGGGAUCGGCAUCUGGAGCAGAAGAAAAGACAGAGGCGUCUACUUGUGCCAGAACGAGAGACACUUUUCAACACACUUGCCAACAACCGGGAAAUCAUCAACCAACAGAGGAAGAGGUUGAAUCACCUGGUGGACAGUCUGCAGCAGCUCCGGCUCUAUAACCAGACGUCCCCGUGGAGCCUGCCCUCAGCGCUCUCCAGGCAGAGCAGCACUCACAGUUUUGACAGUGACCUUGAGAGCCUGCUAAAAACUACCAUUGAAUCUCACACCAAGCCCUCUCCCAGAGUGCCAGCUAAACUGUCCCCGGCGAAACAGGCCCAACUGAGGAACUUCUUGGCCAAAAGGAAGACCCCACCAGUGAGGUCCACUGCCCCAGCCAGCCUGUCUCGGUCAGCCUUCCUGUCUCAGAGGCACUAUGAAGACUUAGAUGAAGCCAGCUCCACAUCAUCCAUCUCUCAGCCUCCGGUGGGAGAAGAAGCCGGGUCACCCUGCAAGGAGGAGGAAGCUGUGGUCCCGGUGCCUCGGCAUGCCCCUGUGGUCCGCACACCUUCUAUCCAGCCCAGCCUUCUGCCCCAGGCCAUGCCUUUUGCUAAGCCUCACCUGAUUCAUAGUUCUGCACCUGCUGUGGUUAGCUCCUCAGUCUCUACAUCAGCUACCAAAGUUAUUCCUCAAGGAGCCGACAGCACAAUGCUGGCAACCAAAACGGUGAAGCAUGGUGCCCCAGGUCCUUCCCACACCGUUGCGGCUCCUCAGGCGGCAGCGGCGGCGGCCCUGAGGCGGCAGAUGGCCAGUCAAGCACCAGCUGUGAGCACUCUGACCGAAUCAACUCUGAAGACUGUUCCUCAGGUGGUGAGUGUACAGGAGCUGAAGAGUAGCCCUGCAGCCCCUUCUGUGGCCAUGGGUUCUUCGGGGCCACACUCAACAGCCAAACCCCCCCAUGCUGUGUUGGCUCCGGUGCCUGCCAGCCAAGCCAAGCAGGGGUCUCUGAUAAAUUCCUUCAAGCCACCAGGACCCAUACCAGCAACCUGUCAGUUGUCAUCUGGUGAUAAAGCUGCAGGUCCAGGGACAGCCAAGACAGAAUCAGCUGUGGCCUCAACUCCAUCUGCUGUGGGGCAGCUCAACAAGCCUUUCUCAUUUGCUCCAUCAGGGACCUUUACUUUUGGGACAAUCACACCGACGCCGUCUUCUAGUUUCACGGCUGCACCAGGGGUAGCACCCCCCACUAAAGAGUCAAGCCAGCUUGAGGCAUUCUCAUUUGGUGGGGGAGGCAAACCUUUUUGUGAGACCGUUCCUGGAAGCUCCCCUCCCACGGGAGCCACCCCGGCACCCAGCACUUCAGUAAUGACUGCCUCUCCGGGAGACUCUGCCCCACCUAGCAGCAGACCUGCAGCUCCUUCUGGAAUUACUGUGCCCACUUCUAGCAAACUGGAAACUCCACCGUCCAAGUUGGGAGAGCUUCUGUUCCCAAGCUCUCUAGCUGGAGAGACACUAGGGAGCUUCUCAGGACUGCGGGUUGGCCAAGCUGAGGAUGCUUCAAAGCCAGUUAGUAAGGCCUCCUCCACAAACCUGGCCGGAGGCCAGCCAGCCAAGCCCUCGGGGUGUAGCUUCCCCAGCCCGUGUGUGUUAGGGAAGCCUUUGGAGCCCGCAGUGACGUCCUCCGUGACCGCUGCCACGGCAGCACCAGUCUCAGCUCUGAACGUGAGCACUAGCAGUUCCUCAGCAGCUGUCUUCGGCAGCUUGCCCCUUACCAGUACGGGACCUUCCGGGCUCAUCAGUUUUGGUGGGACCUCUCUGGCUGGUAGCAAGGCUAGUUUCUCAUUUGGAAACCAACAGACAAGUAGUACAGUGUCAUCAGCUGCCCCAACAUCAACCUCAGUUGCCCCUUCCCUUCCAGCCUCUUUCCCCACCUUGUCAUUUGGUGGCCUCCUGAGUUCAACAUCAGCUUCUUUGCCCGUGUCCUCUGGUAAGAGCAUAGAGGAGGCCACACUGUCAGCUGUGCCUGAGAAGUCAGGCCACAGUGAAGUCUCUCCAUCAACACCCUCACUUUCAGUACAGCCACAGCCAACCCAGCCGCCCCAGGCUUCCCUGCAAAACUCUGACCCUGUCAAAAAAGAGCCUGUUCUUGUGCCGACCCCAGACGACAGCAGCCCCAGCACUCCAGCAUCCGCUGCCAGCCUUGUGGCAUCCACUGAGGCCACUCCAGUAGCCCCAGGGGGCGCUGACAGCAAGACAGAAGCAGCAUCUCCUGCUGCCACCUUUGUAGGGCCUGGGCAAGCUGCUGUUGCAGCAGCUGUUCUUCCAGGGGCAGGCUCAGCCACCAUCGAAGCACCAGGUGCUCCCAGCACCUCCAGCGCCGUCUCCAGCAGUGCCCCAACUUCUGCCGCAGAAACAGCCAUCUUUGGGACUGCCACUUCUGGCUCCUCAGUCUUUACACAGCCACCUGCUGCCAGUUCUAGCUCAGCAUUCAGCCAGCUCUCUAGCAACACGGCCACUGCACCCUCUGCCACCCCCAUGUUUGGGCAAGUGGCAGCCAGCAUAACCAGCACAGCCACUGCCACACCACAGGCCAGCAGUUCCGGCUUUGGCAGCCCUGCGUUUGGUGCUUCAGCUCCUUCAGUCUUCGGACAGACAGCAUUUGGGCAGGCCCCAGCCUUUGGGCAAGCAACAAGCAGCCCCGCGAGUGCUUUCUCCUUCAGCCAGCCUGGGUUCAGCUCUGUGCCUGUUUUCGGCCAGUCUGCCUCCUCUACCCCCGCAUCCACCAGUGCGAAUGUCUUCGGAGCCGCUUCAAGUACCAGUAGUCCCAGUUCCUUCUCAUUUGGACAGGCUUCCACCAAUACAGGAGGGGCGCUGUUCGGCCAGAACAACCCUCCUGCUUUUGGGCAGGGCCCUGGCUUUGGGCAGGGCGGCUCUGUGUUCGGCAGCCCCUCGGCCACUACCUCUACAGCAGCGCCUUCAGCCUUUAGCUUUUGUCACGCCUCGGGUUUUGGGUCUAGUAAUACUGGUCCUGUGUUUGGUCAAGCAUCCAGUACUGGUGGAUCAGUCUUUGGCCAGCAGUCGUCCACUUCCAGUGGCAGCGUGUUUGGGUCUGGAAACUCUGCAAGAGGGGGCGGUUUCUUCAGUGGCCUUGGAGGGAAACCCAGCCAGGAUGCUGCCAACAAAAACCCAUUCAGCUCAGCCAGCGGGGGCUUUGGAUCGACAGCCACCUCAAAUACCUCUAAUCUGUUUGGAAACAGUGGAGCUAAGACAUUUGGAGGGUUUGGCAGCUCAUCCUUCGGGGAACAGAAGCCUGCUGGCACAUUCAGCUCUGGUGGUGGGAGCGUGGCAUCGCAAGGCUUUGGAUUUUCCACUCCAAAUAAAACAGGUGGCUUCGGUGCUGCUCCAGUGUUUGGCAGCCCUCCUACUUUUGGGGGAUCCCCUGGGUUUGGAGGGGUGCCAGCAUUCGGUUCAGCCCCAGCCUUUACAAGCCCUCUGGGCUCGACGGGAGGCAAAGUGUUCGGAGAGGGUACUGCGGCUGCCAGCGCAGGAGGAUUCGGGUUUGGGAGCGGCAGCAACACUGCGUCCUUCGGUACCCUCGCCAGCCAGAACGCACCCACGUUCGGGUCCCUGUCCCAGCAGACCUCAGGCUUCGGGACGCAGAGCAGUGGAUUCUCUGGGUUUGGGUCGGGCACAGGAGCAUUCACCUUUGGAUCAUCUAACUCGUCUGUCCAAGGCUUUGGUGGCUGGAGAAGCUGAGCCGGUGUCAACAUUCCAUCAGGUUCCUCUGACCCACUGUGCACAGCCUUCUGCUCUCCCAGGCACAACAGGAGCAGGCUGUCCAAUGAACUUUCUCAUGAAAACCCACAGCCAAGAAGACGCAGUGGAGACCAACGCGCAGCGGUGCAGACUUGCCUGUUUCUGCUUUCAGAUCUCCUGCCGGGUUUUUGCUCUGCUAUUAAAGUGUUUGGGCUGGGUCUUCCCAGAGCGCCUAUGGGUUUACUCAGGUCACAGCCAGAGAAGUUCCUAUGGCGUGGGGAAGCCAAACCAGUUAGCUCUACCCAGUUCACCCUGGG